AUGGCUUGCAUAACCUUUCUAGUGUUACUUCUUCUUGCUCUUGUCAUUCCUCAAGGAUUUGCCAACUAUAAGAAACAUUCAAUUUAUCAACCACCGGUGGAAACACCAUCAAUCUACAAGCCACCCGUAGAGAAACCUUCCGUCUACAAACCACCUUUUAAGAAGUCUCUUGUUUACAAACCACCAGUAAAGAACUCACUUAUGUAUAAGCCACCCGUUUUCAAACCUCCUGUUUACAAAUCUCCAAUCUACAAACCACCUGUGUAUAAGCCACCCGUUUACAAACCUCCUGUUUAUGAAUUUCCAGUCUACAAACCGCCUGUGUAUAAGCCACCCGUUUACAAACCUCCUGUUUACGAAUCUCUAGUCUACAAGCCAUCAAUUGAAAAACCUUCGACUUAUAAGCCACCGAUUGGGUAUCAGCCACAAAUUUACACUCCUCCGUAUUAG